CUGGGCUCCUGUGCUUGAGGCUGGGUCAUGGUACUGAAGUGCGGGGCGGCUCUAUCCCCCGGCACGCUCUGUCUGGCCGCUGCGCUCAAUGGGCUACUCAGCUUCGGCUUCCUGGCUGCGGCCAUCGGCACCGACUACUGGUACUUGAUCCACGUGGACGGGGCUGGGCGCAACGGCAGCGCUCGGGAUGGCGAGGAACUGAGUUCUCACUCCGGGCUCUGGCGACUCUGCGAAGGACAAAAUGCCUGUAUGCCCCUGAUCGACCCCUUUGGUGCAGAGAGUUGGCUGGUGCCAGCAUCACUCCAGCAUCUUAUCUACAUGCAUCGAGCCUUCAUGAUCUUGCUGCCACUCAGCCUCAUCUUGAUUAUUUUUGGCUGGAUCUGUGGGAUCAUUGGUUCCUUGGCCCAGAUUUCCUGGCUUCUGCUCUUCACAGGCUGCUAUUUUCUGUUGGGUGCACUCCUGACUCUGUCUGGGACAAGCACCUAUAUCUGCUACUCCAAAGCGGCGUUCAUUGAAACUGAAAUGCUGAUGCUCAUGCCCUGCUCUGGUGUAAACACAGCACACAAAGAUAGACUGUGCGGCUACUGGGCUGAGACUGUGCCUACUGUAGAAGAAUCCCUGGUGAAUGUGAAAGGCUAAGGGGUAGCACAAAUGGAAACUUCUGUUAAA